CGUGACACUAUAACGUCCUUCUUUUUCUACUCCGUGGCAGGACUUCAUGAUCAACAACAACAAACGAAGUGCGCCACAUGUAAUCUUUCUAGUCAAUGUCGUUGAGCCUGAUAUUGAAACGAUCCAGCAUUCGAUAUUAAACAUUCUACUCUACUUUUUGGAUUGCGUCGACAAAAGAACGACAUGGGGCUACCGAUUCUUCACCAGCAGCAGCGCAGCGUCCAUAUCGACUGCCAACCAACCGUUUCGUCCCAUUUCCGUCAGUGCACUCGAAAAGUUUAAACAAGAACUUUUGCAACAACAGCAUGUAACAACAACCACAACAACUGAUGCUGCUGCUGUCGUCGCACCAUUCGAAAUAAUCAAGCGCGUAUUAAUUCAAUCGAUCGCCGAGUUCCACUGGACCGAUUCAAAUUUAUCGUCUGAAUCACCUCGUCGACAACAGCAACCGCAAAGAAAGCAAAGUGUGGUGGACGUCAAGAACUUUAUCUACCUUGUUACACCACUGCCACAAACAUAUACAAACUGGGAAGAGAACAAGUAUAUCCCAACUGCACCGAUAGCAUCACCAUCAUCAUCAUCGCUCCCGUCGUCAGGUAUUGCUCUUGGAUUGCGGUUCAUGCAUACGGAAUUCCGUCGUUCGUUAUGGGAUUCAUAUAUCGAAAAUCGGAUAUCCUUGAGCUGGGUGGAUACCUCCACCCACUUGUCAGAUGAUGUACAGGAAGCGGAAGCAUUAUACAAUGGCAUGAAUGCAGUGCUCCGGCCAUUUGGAGGAAGCUAUAUGCGAGCAUCGAACCUAACUGCGGAUUAUAACAGUUAUGGUGUAUCGUUUGCAAGCAUGUUUCACAACUGGAAUGCGCGAACCAUCAGGGUGGUUUCAAAAGAGGCAGCAAUACCAAGGACAGAUGAGGAACUCUUACAAAGUAACAACAACGACAACAACGCAGAUACCAAAGAAGCCACAGCCUCAACUACAAUGUCGUGCUGCUCGGUUCAAUUGCUUUUCACACCUCAGACUGCACCUAUCCAAGCCGAUAUGUAUCCUGUCAGGAAAAGUAUUACGGGAACAAUUCCUGUGGACGUGAAGCAGAUUGAUGUACUUUGUGCUGUAUACCGAUCCCAAAUCAACAUUCGAUCGCUGGACACAGAGAAAACGCAACUCUAUGUUUUGUUCGACAAAGGAAAUGGCAGCAAUGAAUUAUGCUUGUUUGGACAACAACUCAAGAGACGGGAUGCGGUUGCAGUUGUACGGUUUGGAGAUCGGUUCGGUAUUUUGGAGCCCAGAAUGUCAAACGCUGUCAUACUUCGAUUCCUUUGUAUGGAUUUCAAAAUGUACGAUAUUGAGCCUGAGCCGCAACAGCAUAGUAUCAUCUGUGGUCCAGCCGGCACAAAUGUACUUGACUUUCUCGAUAUACCAGCAACUCCAACGAAAAAGGAAAAGCUCAGUAACCUGCUCAAAGAAUCAAAGCAAGGAGGUCAACCAUUGAAGCUUGCUCCGCUUUCACAUGAAUUGUUAAACACGCUCCAAGCGAUGAAAGACAGGUGAGAGCAACCACUCUAUUUCUAUCUGAUUGACUUAUAUACGCGCUAUGUAUCAAGGCCUUUAAA